AUGUCCAACAUUCGCGGGCCUGGCCUCACCUUCCUCUCGCGCCAUUCGGCCUCCUCGGCGGCCUACUCGACGCUCUCCACCCAACUAUCCACGCAGCAGUUGACAGACCUGCGCUCCCAAUUGGACACCUUCGCAUCUGCUCUCCGCAACUUCGCCUCACAGCAUCGUAGCGAUAUCCUCAAGGAUCCGGCAUUUCGCGAAGAGUUUCAACGCAUGUGCGCUCAAAUUGGCGUUGAUCCCGUGGGCGCGAGUGGGCAGGAGAAGGUACGUGGAGUCAAAGGGAUGUGGAAUAAUAUGCUCGGUCUGGGAGAUUACUAUUACGAGCUGGCGGUGCAGAUCGUUGACGUGUGUUUGAGCACGCGGGACGUCAAUGGCGGCCUCAUCGAUGUCGAUGACCUCAUCGCGAGGGUGCAACGGCUGAGGAGCGGGGCCGCGGUGCGAGGGCGCGGUACCGCGACUCCAGCUGCCACAACGCCGUCCGCCAUCAGCCACGACGACGUUGCUCGUGCGAUCAAGACGCUACAGCCUCUAGGAUGUGGUUACACAAUAGUCGACCUCUCAUCGCCUACCACACCUGGCGUUCGUGGCGCCAAGUUGGUUCGCUCUCUCCCCGGCGCCCUCGACCUGGACUCGACGCUCCUCCUCUCCCUCCUCGCCUCACCCGACUGCCCUCGUGACGUGGCGUCUGGAUUUGCCUACCUGACGGAGGAGACUCUGAUGGCUGCCAGAAGUCAGGCGCCGGUGAAAGGGAGGUGGGCGAGGCAGCGAGCCAGGAACGCGCUUAGGAGGAUGUGCGAUGAUGAAGGGACAUUGUGGCUGGAUUGGGAUGAAGGCGGCGGCGAAGUCCGCUACUUUACGCUCGCGCUGGGCAGUGCUGGAUCAUGA